CUCCCACUCUCACUCCCCCUCCCGCUCCAACCAAAUCUCGCCUCCGCUCCCCCCCCAGAUCCAGCCCGCCCGCCCGCCAUGUCCUCCUCCGACCAGGAGGACCACGACGAGGACGCCCCCCUUGUCCGCGACCCGUCCCCCUCCUCCUCCCGCCACCCCUCCCGCGCCUCCGCCUCCGCCGUCGGCGAGGUGCCCGUCUCGCAGUCGCUCAUCAAGGCGGCCAGCAACGUGUGCUUCUCCUUCUUCGUGCUCGCCGUGCUCGCCGUCACCGUCGUCGCCGUCACCUACCAGCCGCCCGACCCCUGGCUCCAGUCCUCCGCCGCCAUCACCACCUCCCUCGCCCGCGUCCUCCCCAACUCCUCCUUCCUCCAGCCCGACGACUCGCUCCUCCCCACUGGCGAGGACUUCCCCUCCCCCUCCGCUGCCCCCGGCGCCGCCGCCGCCGCCCAGCGCGACGCCGCCGACCAGGCCCUCACCUCGGCGGGCGGCAACGCCACCGCGGGGACCUGCGACCCGGACGCCCCGCUCAACUGCACCGACCCGCGCGUGCUCGCCGCCGUCAAGGCCUUCAACGCCAAGGCCUUCUUCCGCAGGUCCAUCGUCUUCCUCAGCUACGAGGCGCCCGUGCGCGGCCCCAAGCCCGGCCAGUGCGACGUGGCCUGGCGCUUCCGGAACCGCCGCGAGAAGUCCUGGCGCCGGUACAGGGACUACCGCCGCUUCGAGCUCACCCCCGGCGACGGAUGCGCGCUCGACAUCACCAAGGUCGGCAAGUUCAGGUCCGGGAAGAACGCGGCUCGCCCGCCCCGCCCCAAGGGUCCCAAGAAACCGCGCGUCGCGGCGCCGCCGGUGGAUGCGGAGAUCAACGACACGAUCCCCCUCGUCGGGUCGGAGGCAGAGUUCAGGAGAGGCAAGUACCUCUACUACAUGAGAGGCGGUGACCACUGCAAGAGCAUGAACCAGUUCAUUUGGAGCUUCCUGUGCGGGCUCGGCGAGGCCAAGUUCCUGAACCGGACGUUCGUGAUGGAUUUGAACAUGUGCUUGUCCGGGGCUCACACAGAGGACGGCAAGGAUGUGGAUGGCAAGGACUUUAGGUACUAUUUUGAUUUCGAGCACCUCAAGGAGUCGGUGUCUCUGGUGGAGGAAGGGAAUUUCUUGAAGGAUUGGCGGCGCUGGGACAAGAAGAAGGGCCCGGGCCGGAUCUCGGUGCGCAAGGUGCCCACAUACAAGGUGACCCCAAUGCAGCUGAAGAGGGACAAGAGCAACAUCAUUUGGAGGCAGUUUGAUGGGCAUGAGCCCGAGAACUACUGGUACAGGGUCUGCGAGGGGCGAGCUGCCAAGGUCAUCCAGAGGCCUUGGUAUGCCAUUUGGAAGUCCAAGAGGCUGAUGAACAUUGUAACUGAGAUUGCAGGCAGGAUGGAUUGGGACUACGAUGGUUUGCAUGUGGUCCGAGGGUGGAAGGCAAUGAACAAGAAGAUGUAUCCGAACUUGGACGCGGACACAUCACCCGACGCGAUCGUAGAUAAGGUGACCAAGCUUAUCAAGCCGUGGCGGAACCUCUACAUCGCAACCAAUGAGCCAUUCUACAACUACUUCGACAAGCUCAGGUCACACUACCAUGUGCAUUUGCUUGAUGAUUAUAAGGAGCUUUGGUCGAAUACGAGCGAGUGGUACAACGAGACGACAGCAAUCAAUAAUGGGAAGGACGUGCCGUUCGAUGCGUACAUGAAGGUGAUUGUGGACACUGAGGUAUUCUACAGAUCAAAGGCAAAGGUUGAAACGUUUAACAACCUGACGAGAGAUUGCAAAGAUGGAAUCAACACGUGCAAUUUGUGACACAUGGGUUCAUGGUGUGAUAAUUACCGGUGUCCAUAUACUCCUACUGGCUGGCGCAAUGGAACUUGGGCGGACUUCAUCCAGGGUUUGUCAUAUUAGGCAUAAUAUCUUGAUGCCGCUUGUCAGUCAUAGCAUGCUCAGUUGAUUGCAUUACAUGUGCAUCUAAAUUAUGUGCCCUCCAUUCUUUUUGUAUAAUUUACCACUGUGCUCAAACCUGCAAAAUCCAAAAUAGUAUCUACUUCUUAGUGUCUGGACUUCUGCAGUAUCUCUGAGUCCCCAUUAAUUAGCUUGGGGUUUCUCUUCAUUUAUUGUAUGUUUCCAUAUGUGUGUUGCUAAAUAUUCUCUAGUCGGAAAUGAACUUUCAGAAAAUUAUA